AUGAGGUCCAAGGACGAUCUGCCGAACACAGAGGUGCUCAUCGGAAAAAUUAUGGACGAAAAUAAAAGUCGCGCCGUCAAUACGGCGGUCGAUAACAAUGCUCUCUACGCUGGAAACCGGCAGAGCAGUAAUCAACGUCGUAAUAACCCGAAGCAGAAAAAGAGCUACCCAUGUUAUAUAUGUGGUAGCCUUGAACAUUGGGCAUCAAAAUGCCCGCAACGUCCAAAAGGCACAGUGAAAAAUGUCAGCGCAAAUUUUGAAAAUUUAUACGUAGAAGUGGCAUCGACAGAAGAGGUUAACAACGUGACAUCCACAUCGAGAUGGUGCUUGGACAGCGGCUGCACGACGCACAUGUGUGCGAACGAGGAGAUGAUGGAAGAUCUUCAGAAGUGUACAGCAACGCUGAACAUGGCCAACACCGCAUUGACGACAGCGAAGGCAAAAGGGACAGCAUCACGAAACGUCGAACAGAUGGAUCUUGAAUAUAUGCAUCCAGAAGAAGACACUGAGCCAAGGAGAGAGACCAGGAACGAGAGAGUCCACCAAGAGCCCGAGAUGGGACCACCGAAACGUGCGCCGGGAAGACCCGCAAAACAAAAGUCAGGGAAACUCGGAAGACCGAAAAAGCUGUACCGAUACGUAAGCAUGUCGAGUGUUGCUUCAAGCAAUGCAUCCAGUCACGAAGGGGACGUAGAUGAACCAAUGGAGCAAGAAGCAGAUGGACCCGACGACGUAUUUUACCAGGCAAGCGAGGAAAAUCGAGGCGAGAAAAGACCGCUCGAUACAUCACUAGUGCAAAUCGACAAGCGAGCACGCAGUGAAAUGGGUGGAAGUGGAGCUGGAACAUUGACGAACGACGUCGAAGACCUGGAAGACGAAGAUGAACCGAUAGAGCGUCAAUCUCACGUAAGGGGAGGGGGGGGUCCAGACAAAUCUCACUAA